GGUUUAACAUUCCAACCAAACCCCCUCUCUAUUUUUUUGUGCAGAUAUAUAUAUACACACACACAGAAAAAAACAAUAAUGAGUGAUGAAGAAGAAAAUGGCAGUAAAAACAAUAAUAAUGAAAAAGGGGGUUACGAGAGCUACGUGGUGGUACACAACAUAGCAAAGAGGCACAAUGUUGGGACAUUAGCUCGUAGCGCCACCGCGUUCGGCGUGACGGAGCUCAUUCUUGUUGGCCGCCGUGAUUUCAACUCUUUUGGGAGCCAUGGAUCAACUUCUCAUGUCCGUUUUCGCCAUUUUUACACCCUCUCUGAUGCCUGUAAAUUUCUCAAGGAGAAAGAUUGUGAUAUAUGCGGUGUGGAGAUUACUGACAACGCGACUGCUGUAAAUGGACACCCAUUUAAGAAAAGUACAGCUUUCCUUCUCGGUAACGAGGGGAGUGGAUUAUCUGCUAAAGAAUGUGAAGUUUGUGACUAUUUUGUUUAUAUUCCUCAAUAUGGUUGUGGCACUGCUUCUUUAAAUGUCACUGUUGCAGCUUCCAUUAUUCUACAUCACUUUGCAGUUUGGGCAGGAUUUCCUGAGCGAACCCGUGAAGGGAACAAGUUUGUGGUGGCAGAAAGACCCGCCCUUCAAAUGGGGCGUAACUUCUGUAAUGAAUCAGCAGAAUCUGUGACAGAAGAACGCAAGCUUAAAAGAGAAAAUGAUGCCAUAAACGGUUUUUUUGAUGAAAUGGAAGAAAAUGAUUCUUCUAGUAAUAAUCUUCUUGAUGCUGUUUUUGGAGAUUAAUUUAUAGAAUCUUUUCGUUUCACUUGGCUACUUUGAAUGUUGAAAGUACGGGUUUUUAUAGUUAACUGGGUUGGAAGUUGGACUUCAUUAUAGGAAUUUUAUUACGUUGGUGGGUUGGAAGGUAGACUUUAGUUGUAGCAAAUUUGUUACGUUAGUGCUUCAUGAGUUAUAUCAUUAGGUAAAAUGUUGUUUUGUGAAACUAAGACCGAUGUCAAGGUUAUUCGGUUUUUGGAAUGCUUAUAUAGAUUGUUAUACCAUAUUUGCAGAAUUACAUUAUUAUAUUUUAA